AUGUAUGUGACAGCAAAAAAUAAUUUUAAAAACAAGCCAUUAGUUUUACAAAUGUGUGUUAUCUGUGCGCAUUUAACACAACGAAUUUUAACACUACGAUUUUUUGCUGGAGUUUUGACAGGCAUCCUUUUCACAAUAAUUUUUUAUCAUCAAAAAGAAUCUAUUGAUAAACCAAAAUUUCGUCCUGAUCAAUCGAAAUUUGAAUAUGAAAAAAAUCAAUUACCAUCAGAACAAAUUGACAGAAGUGAAUCAUCCUCAUCAUCAUCCAUAUGGAAUAGCUCAUGGGAUGGUUUAAAAAAGAUGAGUACUUAUCCACGACAUUUAUAUUUAAUUCGACAUGGUCAAUAUUUUGAUAAUGCUGCAAGUUUAAACGAAAUGAAAUUAACAAUACUUGGUAAAGAACAAUUAAAAUAUACUGGAAUGCGUUUAAAUCAAAUGAAUAUACAAUUUAAUCGUCUUAUUCAUUCUGGUAUGGUUCGUGCAUUUGAAAGUGCAACUAUAAUUAAUGAACAACUUGAUACAAAACUUCAAUUAAUUAAAGAUACAAAUUUAACAGAAGGUUUACCUGUUGCACCUGUACCUUACGCUGGAAUAUCUCAGCGAGAUGCUGAUGCUUAUGGUGAUAGACCAAGAAUUGAUACGGCUUUUGCAACUUAUUUUCAUCGAGCACAUAAUGAUCAACGUAAAGAAACACAUGAUAUUAUUGUAUUUCAUGCGAAUAUUUUACGUUAUUUUAUUUGCAAAAUAAUGCAAUUUCCAAUUCAAGCAUGGUUACGAAUAACAUUAAAUCAUGGCUCAAUAACACAAAUAACUAUUCUAAGUGAUGGAAGUAUUGUUAUGAAAAGUGUUGGUGACAGUGGUUUUAUUCCAUCAAAUAAAGUGACAUUCUAA